CAGAUAUAUUUGUUCAUGCUUGUCGUCGUGACCCUUGUUUCGGUUUCUUCUUUCAAAGUAGCUACUUCUGCAUCUCUUACAGCUCCAUCAUCAAGAUCACCAGAAGGACAAGAAGCAGAGGCUCUUCUAAAAUGGAGGGAUAGCCUUGACAACCAAAACCAAUCUCUCAUGUCUUCAUGGUUAGGAAAAAGUCCUUGCAACUGGACUGGAAUUGCUUGCAAUGAAUUCAGAAGCAUCACUAAUAUUAGCCUUAGCAGCAUUGGAUUAAGAGGUACUCUCUAUGCUUUUGGCUUUUCAUCUUUCCCUUCUCUCCAAAGCCUUAAUCUCUACCAAAACUCUUUCUAUGGUAGCAUUCCCUCCAGCUUGGGCAACCUUUCUAAGCUCAUCUACCUUGAUUUGUCUUUUAAUCAACUCUUCGGAAGAAUCCCAUCUGAGAUAGGCCUUAUGACAAGUCUUCACAAGCUUUAUCUAAAUGAUAAUGCCAUAAAUGGAUCCAUUCCUGAAGAAAUAGGAUCACUCAGCUCACUCAAAGUGCUGGGUUUGAGUGGAAACAACCUCACAGGUCCAAUUCCAGCCUCCAUUUGGAAUAUGGGCAACUUGUCCUUACUAUAUCUCUUCAAAAAUGAACUUACUGGAACUGUGCCACAAGAAGUAGGAAAUCUCAAAUCUCUAAACCAGCUCCACUUGCAAUUUAACAACCUAACUGGCCCAAUUCCUGCAUCCAUAGGAAACCUUGUCAACUUAACUAUUUUAGCACUUCUUGAGAAUAAUUUCUAUGGAUCCAUUCCUCCAACUUUAGGAAACUUGACCAAGCUCACCUUAUUAGAUGUGCAGCAAAACCAAUUGAGUGGCCCCAUCCCACCAGAAAUAGGAAAGCUCAAACUGCUAUUCAAACUAGGAUUGUUUGUAAACAAUCUCAAUGGCUCCAUUCCUGGAGAAUUCAAGAAUCUUACAAAUUUGCAAAAUUUAGGGGUGUCUAGCAACAUGUUGUCAGGCUAUCUUCCUCAAGACAUUUGCACUGGUGGAUUACUUGUAAAUUUUACAGCAAAUGACAAUUAUUUCAUUGGCUCUGUUCCGAAAAGCUUCAGAAACUGCUCCAGUUUAUACAGAGUGAGGCUUGACAGAAACCAGUUAUCAGGAAACAUAUCCGAAGACCUUGGAGUUUAUCCACACUUAAACUACAUUGAUUUGAGCUAUAAUAAUUUCUAUGGGGAACUUUCUCCGAAGUGGGGUCUGUGCCAAAGUCUACAAAGCUUGAAAAUCUCCAACAACAGAAUUUCCGGAAGAAUACCUACCCAACUUGGUGAGUCUCUUCAGCUACGAGUACUUGACCUCUCCUCGAAUUAUCUAGUUGGGGCUAUCCCAAAGGAAUUGGGGAGGUUAGCGUCACUGUUCAACCUUAACCUGGGUGGAAAUAAACUUUCAGACAGUGUUCCAUUGGAAAUUGGAAGACUAUCCAAUCUAGAGCAACUUAACUUGGCAGCAAACAAUCUCAGUGGAUACAUUCCCAAGCAAUUAUAUGGGUGUUUAAAGUUAUUGAACUUGAAUUUGAGCACAAAUGGAUUGAAUGAGAAUCUUCCUUCUGAGAUUGGCAGCUUAGAAUCUCUUCAGGUGCUUGAUCUUAGUCAUAAUUUACUGAGAGGAGAGAUACCACCACAGUUUGGAGAAUUGGAAAACUUAGAAGCACUGAAUGUCUCUCACAAUGAGCUCUCUGGCUCUUUCCCAUCCACUUUUGAUAAUAUGUUGCACUUGACUGCUAUUGACAUAUCCUACAACCAAUUGGAGGGUCCUCUUCCCAACAUCAAAGCCUUCAACGAGGCUCCAAUCGAAGCUUUAGAGAGUAACAAAGGCUUGUGUGGAAAUGCCACAAGUCUGAAGGCAUGCCAAUCUACAAUAAGAAACAGGAAAAAGAAUAAAAACAUCAUUUUGAUUGCAGCCCUCAUUUUAGGAACUCUGUUUCUUGGGUUCAUUGUGGUUGGGUUUCUCUACAUUUGUCGUCACCAGACCGUAAGGGAAGAGCAUGAAAUGCCAAGAAGAGCAGAUCUAUUUGAUAUAUGGAGCUAUGAUGGGAAACUGGUAUAUGAGGACAUAAUUGAUGCUACAGAGGAAUUUGAUUCUAAGCAUUGUGUAGGAGCAGGGGGGCAUGCAAGUGUUUAUAAAGCAAUGCUACAAACAGGCCAGAUUGUUGCAGUGAAGAAACUUCACACACUACAGGAUGGUGGAAUAGCAAAUAUAAAGGCUUUUGAGAGUGAGAUUCGUGCACUCUCAGAAAUCCGCCAUCGCAACAUUGUGAAGCUCUAUGGUUUUUGUGCACAUCCACGCCACUCAUUCUUGGUUUACCAGUUCCUAGAAGGAGGUAGCUUAGAAGGGGUACUAAGGAAUGACAGAGAAGCAACUAUGUUUGAAUGGACUGCAAGGAUAAACCUUGUCAAAAGUGUGGCUGACGCUUUAUCCUAUAUGCACCAUGAUUGCUUGCCUCCAAUUGUUCAUCGAGACAUAUCAAGCAAGAAUAUAUUGCUGGAUUUAGAGCUUGUUGCUUACAUCUCUGACUUUGGAACAGCUAGAAUCUUGAAGCCCGACUCUUCCAACUGGACUUCAUUUGCAGGCACAUUUGGAUACACUGCUCCAGAGUUUGCAUAUACAAUGGAAGUGAAUGAGAAAUGUGAUGUUUAUAGCUUUGGAGUGUUAGCUUUAGAAGUGAUCAUGGGAAAGCAUCCAGGAGAUCUCCUGAUCUCCGUUCUCUCCUCGACAACAUCGACUGCGCUUGAUACCCCGCUGAGGGACGUUCUGGACCAAAGGCUUUCACCUCCUAAAGAUCAAGUUGCAGAGAAAGUGAUGUUUGUUGUGAAGCUUGCGUUUUCAUGCUUGCAAACCAAACCACAAUGUCGGCCAACCUUGCAACAGGUUUCCCAGGAGCUAUCAAUUCCAAAGGUACCUUUACCACUCACACUUGACAAAGUUGCCUUGGAACAGCUGGUUAGCCAUGCUUGAAAGGCCAAAGUUGUUAUGGCAUAAUAAAAAAUCUAUUGGGAUUAAAUUUGGUAUUGUUGAUAUGUUCAGAAAUAAAAAAAUAAAAUGAACAAAUCUUUUA